UUCUUUGGUUUGUUGAGUUUGUCGCUUCCGUUUGACGGACUUGUGCGACGUAAUCGGGUGUGUGCGAAAGUAUGAAGUGAAAUCGUACAAAAGUGUGUGAAAUGUUUAGUGUUAGUUUAAUUUAGUGUUGAGAUUGCAAAAUGAGUGCGAACGGAUAGUUGUGUAUUUUUUUGGUCCAUAAACAGUAAGCGUUUGCUGUACACGUAACAAUUUCGGAUUAACUGUUUCAAAAUGGCUGUGUUUUGAAGGACCCUUUGUCCGCUUUUGUGUACUUCUUUCAGCAUGAUAGUGGGAUCGUACUGUCACAAGUUUAACUUCGAGAGGUGAGGAAGGUCCUUGAUAAGAUUUAAUGGCUUUGGUGUAGCGACGUGAAGUGGAAAAGUACUGGUUCCCGCCGAAGUGCGGUAUCGGUCGAUUGCUUUCUACGCAAGCGAUACGAAACGCUCACUUGCAACGUGGAAUGCAUGUCAUGUACACGGAGCCGCCGGCGCAAUAUCGCAGAAGUCAGCCCGAGAGCACGCAGCCUGAUUACCAGCCGGCCGUGUCGCCGGCGCGUCAACAACCAGCCAAGAAACGACGCGUGCUGAGUCCCACCGCGACACACACGCAACAACACGCACAAACAGACACCACCGGCUACAAGAACAAGUGUUGGUCAGGCGUCGGGCCGGGCUGCUGCGCCGCGCCCGCCGUGCCGAGUCGCGCGUGCGAUGCGGAGCGGUCCCCGCCGCCCGCGCCUCCACCCGCUCCGCCCGUGCAUUGCGCCAGACCCUGCUGCCGCGACGCGACUGUUGGAGAUAGCGGCGAGCAGCGUCGGGCACAGGUGGGCAGCGGCGCUGCGGGCGCUGCGGGAGCGGCGAGCGCGGCGGCCGCGCGACACAAGACGGCGCCGCAGGUCGCAACGACGACGGCCCACAGCAAGCAGCUGGCGGCGGGCGGGCCCAACCCGCCCCAGCCGCAAGGUAACCACAAACGCUCCGGCUGCGGUGGAGAUGGCGACUACCAGCUGGUGCAGCAUGAGGUGCUCUACUCCUCGUCUAAUAGGUACGAGGUGUUGGAGUUCCUCGGGCGGGGUACAUUCGGCCAAGUAGUGAAGUGCUGGAAGAAGGGCACCAAUGAGAUAGUCGCCAUAAAGAUCCUUAAGAACCACCCCAGCUAUGCACGCCAAGGGCAAAUUGAGGUGUCGAUCCUGUCUCGCCUGUCGCAAGAGUCGGCGGACGAGUUCAACUUCGUGCGGGCGUACGAGUGCUUCCAGCAUAGGUCGCACACGUGCCUCGUGUUCGAGAUGCUCGAGCAGAACUUGUACGACUUCCUCAAGCAGAACAAGUUCUCGCCGCUGCCGCUCAAGUACAUCAGGCCGAUACUGCAGCAGGUGCUAACGGCGCUGCUCAAACUCAAGCAACUGGGUCUAAUCCACGCGGACUUGAAGCCAGAAAACAUUAUGCUGGUGGAGCCGGCGCGUCAGCCGUACCGUGUGAAGGUGAUUGACUUCGGAAGCGCUUCGCAUGUGAGCAAGGCCGUCUGCAACACAUACCUACAGAGCAGAUACUACAGAGCACCAGAAAUAAUUCUGGGGCUGGCGUUCUGCGAGGCGAUCGACAUGUGGUCCCUGGGCUGCGUGGUCGCGGAGCUGUUCCUCGGCUGGCCACUGUACCCUGGGUCCUCGGAGUACGACCAGAUCCGGUACAUCUCGCAGACGCAAGGAUUGCCCACAGAACACAUGCUUAACAGCGCAAGCAAAACAGCGAAGUUCUUUUACCGGGACGUGGACAGCACGUAUCCGUUCUGGCGGCUAAAGACCCCGGAGGAACAUGAACUGGAGACCGGUAUCAAGAGUAAAGAGGCACGGAAGUACAUCUUCAAUUGCCUCGACGACAUAGGACAGGUCAACGUACCAACGGAUCUUGAAGGUGGCCAACUAUUGGCUGAGAAAGCAGAUAGAAGGGAAUUCAUAGAUUUAUUAAAGAGAAUGCUAACUAUGGACCAGGAGCGGAGAAUAACGCCGGGCGAAGCGCUGAACCAUGCGUUUGUGACCCUGGCACAUUUAGUCGACUACGCACAUUGUAACAACGUCAAGGCCUCCGUACAAAUGAUGGAGGUAUGCCGGCGGUCGGGCAGCGGUGUGGGCGGCGUGGGCGUGGGCGCCGAGUACGGCGUGGGCGGCGUGGGCGUGGGCGUGGGAGUGGGCGUGGGCGUGGUGGCGCCCGCGGCCGCGCCUGCAGCUCACCACCUCGCCCUCACCAUCAACCAGCAGCGGCUCCGAGCCGCGCCCUACGACAACCUGUAUCAACUAUACCAAGGCGGUCGGGUGGCAGUGGGUGGAACGAGGCAGUAUACUCGUGCAGCCGAACCUUUCCCACAUCAAUUCGUCUCGUCGAUACUGUGCCAACCUGCUUAUCAGGUGCAACAGUUAGCCGCUGCGGCGGCAGCAGCGGCCGCAGCCCAUCACCAGCAUGGAGUAGCAGGUGUGGCAGGCGUGGCAGGCGUGGCGGGUGUAGCGGGUGUGGCAGGCGUGGGAGAUGUGGGCGAGUGGCGGGCACCAUUAAUUGUGGAACCAGCGCCGUUACCGGAACCAGAGGUCUGGGACCCGUUCCAUCCGCACCAUCCGCAGCAUCAUCAUCCGCACAAAAGAUCCACAAAGCAGCAAGCGGCCGCCGUACCGCACUAUCCACCGCACCAUCAAACGCAUCAAUACAGUAUGGCGCACAGUGGAAGCAAGAAGGAACCAACUCAAUUGUCGCCUGUCAAGAAAAGGGUAAAAGAGGGCACACCACCAUCAAGGCACCGACAUCAUCAUCACGACCACACAACAAUAUGGUCGAUGUCCAGGAACGGUCGGGCUGCGAACGGCGCGUGGGAGGGCCCCGGCGGGUCGGCGGCGGCGGGGGCCCCGGGCGUGGCGGGCGCGGCGGGGCCCGCGGGGGUGGGCCCCGGGCCGGCGGGGCCGGCGGGGGCGGCGUGCGCCGGCGCGCACCACACCAUCACCAUCCGCGACACGCCGUCGCCCGCCGUCUCCGUCAUCACCAUCUCCGACUCGGACGACGACGCCGACCGCGACCAGCCGCGCCGCAACAGACAACACGUCGCCGACGCACCGCAGCCGCACAAUAACAGAGGCAGUAGCGGCGAGUGCGUGGCGACGGGCGUACAAGGCAGCAGCGGCGGAGCGGCGGUCGUCACCGGCGGCGUCAUAUGCAGCGCGCGCUCCUCCGACGACAGGCACGUCAAGCACGAGCCGCACCAGCAUCACCAGCAGCAGCACCAGCCCUGCCAUCAUCAUCAUUUGCAACAACAACAACAACCGCAACAACAACAACAACAACCGCCUCCGCAGCCGCAGCCGGCGAAUUCGCGGGCAGCACCGCAGGCCACGCCGCAGAGUCAGAAGAAGCGUCUGCUGGCGCUCGCGCAGCAAGAGGCGCAGGCCAAGCGGGAGCCGCAGCCCGAACACCAACUUCAUUACGCACCGAGCGGUUCAACAGUGCGUCAAACGAACGAAUAUCAAUGCAAUCAAUAUGUUCCGCCGCAACACAAUAAGAGGGAUAGUAGCGGCGGUCGAGGCGAGUACCUGACGACGGGUGUGGGCGGCGUGGCGGGUGUGACUGGUGUGGCGGGCGUGGCGGGCGUGGGCGGCGUGAGUGUGAGCGUGGGCGGCCCGCCCGCCGCUCACAAGCACGCCGCGCCCCACGCAUGGCACCACCAUCCACAUCCACACUACAAAACUGGGAGUGGUGGUGUUUUAUCCCCUGGCGGUGGCGUAUCUCCGGGAUAUCUGCCGCCGCCUCUUUACGUACCUACUUACCACUAUCAUACCGGCGGAGUGGGCGGCGUGGGCGGCAUGGGCGGCGUGGGCGGCGUGGGCGGGCCGCCCCCCGCGCACCACGCGAGCGGCGCGCGGCUGCCGCCCUACCUGCAGACGUACUCGCCCACCUACCUCGUGCCGCAGCACGCGCCGCACCCCCAGCACGCCCAGCACGCGCAGCACGCCCAGCACCCGCAGCACCACCUCUGGUACACCGAUUGAACUCUCCCCUAUAUCUUCACGAGCGUUUACCUCGGGUGAUUCUCCGCUCCGCCUGGACAGCUACGAGCCUGUCUUCGAUCAGCCCCAGGUCUACUUCCACUACUUCAGCCCCCCGCUCAUCAACGAUAGCUACCGAAGCGACUACUACAGUCUAGAGGAGCACAGCACGGACUAUGUUAGUUCUACAAAUUUAUGCGUGUCGACAUCAUUCGACGAGUGCUCUAAGGAAACGUCGCUUCCCUCCAAUGAUAUUUGCCGAAGUGACGACACUAGUAAUUACAAGAAAUAGUAAUCGUUUGUCUGUCAAAAGUGGAAUAGCCCAGAAACUAUAACUUGGAAAUCUUUCAAGUACUCUAUUCACAGAGAGACGAUAAGGUAGUUCGAUCUGUCAUACAUUGUGAGUUGGGAUAAACAGAUUUAUUGUUUUAAUAACGACAAUCUUUUACGACAUUAGGCCAUACAUUUAUUUCUAUAAUCGAAUUGGGAAUAGAUGUUGGUAAAAGCAGGUUAAUUAAAAAAUAUAUUAGCUUUUGAUACAUGACUCCCAAUAAUAAUAAAUAGGUAAUCGUAAUUAAUAGUAUUCGUUGUACACCAACUUCAUAUGUAUGCUGAUUUUUUUCUCUUUUUAUCUCUUACUUGUGAAUAGAGUAUAUGAUGAUUCUUUGUUUAUAUAUCUCCGCACUCAGCGGCCCUUAUCGACGAGCGAGACGCCUCUACUACGCGAUCAGUUCGCCUAUAAGGGAGCCCGAGUGCUCACCCGGGAACCGAACACGCUCGAUCGAUUUACCCACACUGCAAUUUUUAAUUAAAUCUAUGACUAGUGUGUGUUGCGCGUCGUGUGCCGCCAUGUUCCUACAAACACCACCCAUCGACGUGCAGUCGACGGGUUCUCUGUAAAUUUGAUUGGCUAGAACAGUUUUAGUUGUAAUAACGAUCUAUGGAGUAUAAAUCGUAUUAGAUCUAUAACGAGUAUAGAAUGUUUACGUUUAUUUCGAUAUUUUGCGAGACUGACAGUCUCGCGCGUUGCCUUGUGUUAGCACUGCAUACAUUAUUAUUUGUUUGCGUACGCACGUAAGUACGCACUUUAGUGAUAUAAAGUUUUGUUCACGUGUAUUAUAUGGAUUGUAAAUUUGGCGUUUCAUUAUCGUUAUUUUGCUGCAGCAUGUCUGCAAGUAGGAUUGCAUUUACUAAUAUUUUAUCGUAGGCGUUAGUGUUUGUACCAAAUCUUUUUAUGGGGAUGUAAUAUAUAAUAUGGAGUGACGUCACAGCCGUCGCAGUACUGAAGCGUGGGCGUGGGCGCGGCCGUCUGCGUGUAGGGUUUUAGUUGUACGUGACCGGUGAUUUUGUCAAUUAUAAUUUUUCAUUUUAAUUUCUAAUAUAGUGUGUAAUUAAUGGAUUGCUUUAGAUAUCUAGAAUGGAGUUUUAUGUUCCAUAUCAGGUAGCGUGGUAGCGGGAGUACAUCCCAUAUGUUUAAAAAAUUAUGCUGUGUUUACUAUAUUCGCAUUAACGACUUUGUAUUAUGUAGAUUAAUGUGUUUAGGGCGCGGUGAUGGACUACUUGUAUAGACGUAGAUUGAAAUAUAUAAAAAAAGAUAUAAAAAAGUCGUAUAAGAGUUUUAUAAACAUUUAUUACGCACUAAUAAAUAGUUAACAAGUGUACAUGUAUAUUAUUCUCAUUAGAUAGAUGGAAAUUAUGGAAACAUAACAAAUUAAUUUUUUUUUAUUAAUAAUAAAGCGUUUAUUUUGCGACUGCAUAUGUAGGAUUUAUUGUGUAGUGUUUAGUGACACGUUUCGCUGAAUUUACACAUCGGUCUACGGCUGGAUGUUUCAGUUUGUUUACAUUACGCUGUCUGGCAGGCCCCACUACGAUAUGCGUAUCUUUUGAGCACCGAUGUAUUGAGUUCCAAGCGGUAACGACGGCACGCACGCGGCAUUGCAUAUCUCUGUAUAUAAGUAAUAUAUAAGUCGUAUGCAUCGGUAUAUAGACAAAGUGUCGAUGUAUUUUGGUAUCGAGUAUCAAUUUUCGAUAGUCGAUACUUUAUAGCAGGUAUCCAAUACCUCAUAUUUUUGUCUUAUUUGGUUCGUAGAGUUUCUUUUUGGUCUGUAAUGGUGAAUAGGUGAUUUUGCCAAUAAUUUUUAGGAACGUAUCGUACCUAUAAGUAUCGGUACUUACUCUUUCGAUACUUAUAGACGAUACGUACCUGCGUGUACAAGUUUCAUAUGUACAACCACGUGAAACCGGCUGCGUGCCUCGCUUGCCCUUCCUUUUUUUUUGUUCUUAUUAUUAAUAUGUUUUUGCUUACACCUAGCGUAGUCCAAUAUUUUUAAGUGUUUAAUUUACAUAUAAUCGAGUCUCUAACAGAGGACUCGAAUACGUUCUUUUAUAACGAUAUGUUGAUAUAAUUUUAACGAAUAAAAAUUACUUUUAUGACAAGACUAUCUAACUAUAUUCAUUUAAUUGUAUUUUUAGUGAAUUGUUGCUGCGUGACAAUAAUAUUUUAUUUAAGUUUAUGUAGUUUGGUUCUAGUUUUUUUUUUUGUAAUGCAUCAAUAUAUUUAAUUUGGUUGUAUCAACUAUGUGACUCGUCUGAACAUUGCAUUGAAUACGCUAUUAUUAUUCACAUAAAGUUAAUUUCUGUUGUUCUAUUAAUUUGAGAUACUACCUUCUGUUAUAAAUAAAUCUUAUGAUUAUAAAAUAAUAAAUGAAAUAUAUAAGUUUUAAUAGUAAAGAUAAUUAUAUUUAAUAAAGCCUGCUCUCUGCAAUGUUUACUUGCAUACACCUAAACAUUAGAUGUUGCCAGUUAAACUAUACAUUUUUUUUUCGAUAAUGUUUAAUUUGUCUUAGUAAUGUAUGUACAUGUGGAAACAUGUAUUUCAAUAAUGCAAAACUUUCUCAUUUUAUAUUAUUUUAAUUUUCUUUGUCUUUAAGUUUCUUUUCAACUAUUAUUUAUUAAUUACUGGCUUUGCUAUUUGAUUCUAUUAAUCAAAAUGGAAUAAUUAAUUGUUUUAAAUAUUUUCGAGUACUACAUUUUAGUCACAUCCAAGCUUCUUUUAUUCUUUCAUGUUUUUUGCACUUGUAUAAAUUUUGUCAGAAAUCAUUUCUGUAACUUUGCACUUUAAUAAUACGUCAUAUUUUUUUUUAUGUAAAUUGCACUAAAAUUAUGAGUGGAAAGUUGCAGUGUAUGGUUUCGUGGCAAAGCUUAUUGUAAUGUAGCCUCUUACUUUAGGUGUAUGUCAGCGUAGUAAGAGAUUGUCUCUAGUUAUGCGUAGUCAAUGAUCUCUGUACACUGCACCCUUGUAACCCCCCAUUCGUAUCUCUAUACCGCCGUGUCACGGUAAGCGUAAACCGAACCGAUUCAAUGUCGAAACCUUCAAGAAAUUAGCGCAUUCCUUCUUAAAAGCCCGGCAACACACUUGCAAUUCCCCUGGAGUUACACGUGCUCAUGGCGGUAGUAAUCACUUAGCAUCAGGUUAGCCGCAAGCUCGUUUAACUAUGCUUUAAAAAAAACAAUGUAACAAUGUAAGUCCACUAGCCCCUUUUCACUAAUACC